UAUGGCUGCAAUCUUUCUUAUCUUAAUUAAUCUUUUAGAAUUAUUCGUAAUCAGGUCAACAGAAGUUGGAAAUUUGGUAAGAAACGCUCCAUCUUUUCAGAGUUCCAUCAAUUCUCCUCCAAACAAAGGACCACUUUGGCCGUAUAAAGCUGUUGAUGAUAUAAUUGCGCUUGGUAAUUUAAACGGGCAGUUUGAAUGCGCCUAUACUGGACAAGAUAGCUUGAACUAUGGCUGGUGGAUUGUUGAUUUAAAAAACACUUAUGAUAUAACUCGUAUAUGUUUAUUGAAUAGAGGCGAUAGCUAUUAUACUGAUUUGAAAAAUUUCAAAAUUAUUGCUACGAAUAGACCUGUUUCUGGAGAUGAGAAUAUUUGCAGUACAAUCGGAGGUCAGAGUGUUGACAAGGCGUUGGAUAUAAACGAUUACAAAUGUUUCACUUGUCCAUCCUCAACGGUUGGUUCAUUCGUCGAGAUUAGAAAGACGAAAGUGGACGAAUUUGUAGGAUCUUUGUGCGAUGUACGAAUCUACGGCCAAUUAAUUGGACCAAGAGCUAGUCAACUCCUCAAUAUCACUCAAUUCAAGACUUUUCCGCAUGACCUAGAUAUUGGCAAGCUGAACGAUUUCAAUUUGCAGUCUAUUUGGCUAAAAACUGGAUCUUUAUAUAGAUAUUUCCGUAUAGAUUUUGGUAAACAAAUCAAAAUCAAUGGAGUUUUUAUUGUUGGUUCGGCAACCGAUUAUUCUAAUAGAAAAUUUACAAACGUUUACGUUUCAAUAAGUAGCGUUCCAGAAACUAUAUUCUCUACGGGCGACAUCUAUCUGGCCAAUAACUACCGUUCAACGGCUUAUGUAGCCUAUGAAACUCAUAGACUUUUCGUAAAUGGUAUCAUAACUGGAAGAUAUCUGGUCAUCUCUCAAAACUCACCCGCAACGAGCACAUAUCAUCUCGAGAUUACGGAACUCUCUAUCUACGGCUAUUACGACAAUAUUUCAUUGGGAGGGAGAAUAGGUAAAGAACUACUGGUAGAAUCUAUUAAGGUUGACGGAAAUGACGUCACAUCUCAACUUACAAACGGUAUUUAUGAAGAACCAACAAGCGUUGAAUUAAAAACUAACGCUUACCUCGAAAUAACAAUUACAACCGCCUUAAUCGAUUCAUUUUGCAUGAACGCUGUCCAUCCGUCAACAACAAAAGAUUUAACAGUUGAAGUUGUAAACGCCUCCAAUGGAACAAUAGAAAUCUACAUGUUAAACGGUGGUUUUAAGGGAUUAGAGUGCGUUUGCGUCAAGAAUUUGAGUAUUAUUACAAACCUCAUUAAAGUUUCGGGAAAGGACGAUGAAAGUAUAACAGAGAUUGAUGUAUUCGGUAAAUGUAAGUAG